AUGCAGUCUUUCCUGUACAAGGCUCUGGGGAUGGCACUGGGGGCUUGUAAAGGAAUCCUCCACAUCCAAGAGAAGCUCCUGCAACACCUGGAGGAAGCAAAUGCAGAGGAGCCAUCUGAGGCCCAGGGAAUGAUCUCUCUUCUCAGCCAUGCUGCUGAGAGCAACUUUCACCCAGUCCUGGACACACUCACCAUGUUUGCGUCCAGGCUGUGCAAAGGCCAGAAUGGGAGGAUUCCCAGACGCAAGAAGAUGGAGCUGGACAGCAGAAGAGCUCACGCCACACGCAGCGCUCUCAUCCUCGCCCAUGGCAGCUUGGCACUGCGUGCCUCCAAGGAACAGCUGCUUGCCCGCCUGGAGGGAGACAUUGUGGGAACAUUCUGCUGCUCUACAGCUGCAGCUGCUAGGUGAAAGCUCGUAGCGUGCCAGGGUGUCUGAGCACCC